UUCCAGCGCUCGGAGUUUCCUCGGUCAGGAUGAACUUUGCGGCCCAGUUAUUCUACUCCGGCUACCUGAGCGAGCGACUGGAGCGUUUGUUUUCAUCGAGGCCUGCAAUUAAAGACAGCGAGGAGAAUGACCCGUUCUGGGCGAGGGAGGAACUGCGUCUUGGCCCCAGUCUACCAGGAGGCUCCUACAAACCCGUCUGUAAUGGCGCCGUGGGCCGCCGGCCGACUCUCAUUGAACCGGAGCGUCUCAAGGACUUUGGUGAGGAGGAACUUCUCAAUGGAGAUGUCAAGUACCACCAAACCAGCGUGGCUGGAACCCCUGAGAUGAAGCUCAUGGAUCCCCCCAAAACCAGAAGAGUGAGUGAGUUCAGGAUCAUCCCCAAACCUCCGGCUCAGUUCCUACGAUUUGAGGACAUCAGCGCGGCAGCCUUCACGAUCCAGUCAGCGAUACAGAAGACACCUUGCACGUAUUCCAGACUGUCCAAGCAGUACGGGAUGGAGAUCUUCCUGAAGAAGGAGCAUCUUCACUACACCGGCUCUGUGAAGGAGAGAGGAGUGCUGUACCUGCUCACCUCCCUCACACAGGAGCAGCAGAGGAAAGGUGUGAUCGUGGCCACCGACUGUAACUUCUCCAUGGCCGUGGCUCACCAUGCGGCCGAGCUGAAGAUACCGGUGUUUGCCAUCAUGCCAUCAAGCUGCUCUUCUCCACGCCUGCGUACCUACAGAGACUACGGCGCCAUGGUCAUCUCGUACGGCGGCACCAGCCACGACUCCCAGAACCACGCCCGCCAUCUGGCCAAAGAGAACGGAUACCUCUACCUGGAAGAAGAUGAGAGUGCAGCGUACCUAGCAGGACUGGGAACUGUGGGCAUGGAGAUCUUUGACCAGAUUCCCAAAGUGGAUGCAGUGGUUAUUCCUGCAGCGGGACAGUAUGGACUUCUGGCCAGCACCGCCGCAGCCCUCAAAUACCUCAACUCGCAGAUUCUCGUCAUAGGAGUUGAACCAGAAGGUUUCCCUCUGCUGCUACAAUCUCUGAAAACAGACGGCCCGAUCAAAAACCUGCACAACAACCCGAAUAAGAAGCUGUAUGGAGAUUUUAACGAGGGUUCGCUUGGUGCAAAUACCUUCCAUCUGUCCAAGAAACUGAUAAACAAAGUUAUUCCUGUCAGUGAGGAAGACUCUCUGGUGGCGAUGCUGCGAUUUCAGGAGGUGGAGCACUCCACAGUGGACACAGUGGGAGCCAUGGGACUGGCUGCCAUAUUGGCAGGGCAGCUUCCAGAACUAAGAGGGAAAAAGGUGGUUGUUGUGGUGAGCAGCGCCAACAUGGAGCCGGACCUGGUGAGGCAGUGCGUGGACCGGGCUCUGGUGCUGGACGACCGGGUCAGUAAAUUCUCUGUGCAGCUGGGAGAAUGGCCAGGAGACAUGGCCAAACUGCUGGACGUCCUGUCCAGAGAGGACGUCAGACUGGUGGAUGUCUGCCAUCGCAGACACAGUGACAAGUCAGACGUCUUCAAAGCAAAGGUGGAGUGCGUGGUGGAAACCAGGGAUAAGACGCAAAGCACUCAGCUGCGCAAGACACUGAACGAGCGCUACCCUUCGAUAUGCUGGCUGGACCGGUGAUCGAAACAAAACGAGACAAGAGGAAGGAAGGUGGAGUGGAAAUAAAUUUGGAAGGGAUUCCCAACACAUCCUUCAGUAACCAACCAAUAACCAAUCUCUGGAUCUAGCUCUUAUCAGAAUAAAACACUCUGAAUUAGCUGCAGGUUGGAUGGUGUGGUUAGUUUCAAGAUCAUUUCCCGUUAACAUUAUACAAGACUAAAAGUAGGGGUGCACAGAUUGCAGUCUCUUUAAAAAGCCAGACCUGCCGAUUCUAAUUUUGGCCGAUACCUGGCUUUUUAUUUUUUUGUCUGAAAUGUCGCCAACUGUUGACCCUUUGCACGUGACGUCACGCUGUUCAGCGCUCCACUCGCUCCGCCAUGAUGGGCGUCAAAACAACCAAUGCGCUCCUUUAAAGCUAGUCAAAAUAACAAACAUGUGGUAGCUUAAUAUCUCUCCUAUUUAGUUGAUUUCAUCUUAAAGGGUGCUGCACAAACAGACAAGGAUAGAAACUAAAUUUGUCAUUUUAUUAAAUAACUUUUAACGAGGAAACGACUGUCAGCUGUUAAUGAUUGUCAGCCCUCGGUGUAACCGCUGAUUUGCAGCAGAACAAAUCUGCUGCAAAUUACGUUUUACAAGGUAAUUACAUCAACGUUCAUAUACUUUGUAUGUAUAAUUAGAAAGAUAUCAAAUAUUGUUUUAUGGAGAAGGUGCGCGUUCAACCGUAACCAUGGAGGCAAUACCGCACAGUCACGUAGCCUAGCAUGUAUGGGGGAAAAUCUAGUUAGCAUCUCGUCUGUUGUACGUUUUUAAGGCUGCUCAGGUGUAAGGGGAAACGUUUUUUAUGACAUAAUGUAACAAAUCAUGUGGUGUGAAUUCAGGCAAAGUCGAUCAGCACGUCGGGAGGGAGGAGGAAUGGGUCGGUUUCUAAGCUAACAACUGUUGUAAAUACCGCCGUCUGUGAGCCCCAACCAGCUGUGUUACGUUCACAGACAAAUUAGCUCGACUCGAACAAGUAGAAAUCAUGAAUAAACUGGCAAAAACAUUUUCUGUCACUCUGUUCAACACUCCCCUCCCUCAUUUCCGACGUCCAUCAUGGCGCCGAAUGAUUAAGUGACGUAGUGACAAACGGUCAGGAUUUUAGGCCUUUGCUGAGGUAUAAGAUCAUCUUCAUGUGUAAGUAUCGGCCGGUCUCCCAAAAUUAAAGACAUCGGCGCAGAUAAAUUGGUGCACCCCCUAAAUAAAAGUAAAUAUUUUCAGAGUAUAUAUAUUUUUAAGAAGCUGUACAUACUUCUGUAUUUAUACAUCCUACUGUAGAAGUGUCCGAGAGAGACAACAAAAGCGAACAAAUGAUUUUGUUUUGUUUCUGUGCAGAUUUUAUGAAAGGAAGAAAGGACAGAAAUGUGUUUGCUGUGUAAUUUCUUAAGAGAAAAAGUGAGUGAGAAUGGCUUGGUGAGUUGGUUCUGACGGUGCCUGGGCUGCUUAAGACCAGCUACAGUUCUUUAAGCAGAGGGCAAUGUGAAAACCUGUGCUGCUGUUGCUUUGAGACGUAAAACCUGAGGUUGAGCAAUGCACUGUCCUGCUAAAGAAGCUCAAAUAAAACUGGUGAAUAUUCAAACAAUUUCAAAA